UGGGGGACUCUAGUGGUCCCAUCAGGGCUCUCCACCGGGGCUUCGUGUCCCUCAGGCCCCCCAGGGCGCCCCCCGCCACUGAGGAUGAGUCACUGCAGUAGCCGCGCCCUGACCCUGCUGAGCAGCGUGUUUGGUGCGUGCGGCCUGCUGCUGGUGGGCAUCGCCGUCAGCACGGACUACUGGCUGUACAUGGAGGAGGGAACCGUGUUGCCGCAGAACCAGACCACGGAGGUCAAGAUGGCACUGCACGCCGGCCUAUGGCGAGUCUGCUUCUUCGCAGGCCGAGAAAAGGGUCGCUGCGUGGCCUCAGAAUAUUUCCUUGAACCGGAGAUCAACUUGGUGACGGAAAACACGGAGAAUAUUCUGAAGACAGUGCGCACAGCCACCCCCUUCCCCAUGGUCAGCCUCUUCCUCGUGUUCACCGCCUUCGUCAUCAGCAACAUCGGCCACAUCCGCCCACAGAGGACCAUUCUGGCCUUCGUUUCUGGCAUCUUCUUCAUCCUAUCGGGCCUCUCCUUGGUGGUGGGCUUGGUUCUUUACAUUUCCAGCAUCAACGACGAGGUCAUGAACAGGCCCAGCAGCUCUGAGCAGUAUUUCCACUAUCGCUACGGGUGGUCUUUUGCCUUCGCUGCGUCCUCCUUCCUGCUCAAAGAGGGAGCCGGCGUGAUGUCUGUGUACUUGUUCACCAAGCGCUACGCCGAGGAGGAGAUGUACCGUCCGCACCCCGCCUUCUACCGCCCGCGUCUCAGCGACUGCUCCGACUACUCGGGCCAGUUUCUGCAGCCGGAGGCGUGGCGCCGCGGCCGCAGCCCCUCCGACAUCUCUAGCGACGUAUCCAUCCAGAUGACGCAGAACUACCCACCCGCCAUCAAGUACCCCGACCACCUGCACAUUUCCACUUCGCCCUGCUGAGGCCCCGGCCCUCCAAGAGCCCCUCUUCCUCCUCCUCCUCCUCCUCUUCUUCCUCCUCACGGGUCUCCCCGCAACGCAGCUCUAGCUCAAGCCCUCGGGACGCCUGGUUCCCCCCCAGAGGAUGCCGUGCGCGCGUUAGCCCCGCCCCGUCUCCAAAACCCCUCCUUCUUUCCAAUGGCCCCUCCCCUUUUCCUGACCCUAACACGUCAGUGGUCCCUUCCACCUCCAGACGGCUCCUCCUCCUCCUAAAUGACCCGCCCCUUUUCCUCAGGCCACGCCCCUCCCAGCCAAUUACAGGCUCCCAGGUUCUGCUUUGUUCGCGGAGCGGCAGAGCGCGCCCACCUCCGCGGACCCCCAACCUUCCCUCUCGCUGCAGGGGCUCCGGGCUGGAGAGUAGGUUCCGGCAGCCGCCAGGAAUGCCAAACAUCCUCUUCUCCCCUCUGCCCCCAAAUCUCUUUCCGGGCCCAGUCUCACCUCCGGACCUUCGGGGUCGUCGGGUGCAGUGGGGGUCGCUCCUUGCUCCGUCCACAGCUCCGGAGUGGGCUGGGGGGCUGGAGGCCGUGUGUAUGGUUAAUCCUCCCCCCCCACACACACACUUGCGAGACCCCUUCUUUCUCACCUGCUCGACUCUUCUCGGCCUUCUGAAGGUUACUUGCCUUUUCGAGGACAGAAAAUCUUGAACGGAUUUUCUUGCUGGCUGUCCUUGGCUUCUUUGCCUUCCUCUUCCUCCUCUGCCUCCCUCCCCCCGCCCCACCUGCUCAUCCGUAGUCCCUAGAUGCACCCAGCCCCACACACCACACGACAAGAAUGGAGACCCUAGGGUGGAGGGAAUUCCUCCACGCCGUUUCCACGCCUGUGCCCGCCUCUUCCCCCUCGAGGCCCCGUCGGGGGAGGGAGAGGUAGUAGCGGGGGUCGACACCCCCCCAACCUCGAAGUCUUCCAUUUUCUGGCACCCCCCCUCAUUGAAGUCCCCCUUCCCAUCUCAGACCCCCAACUCUGGCCUCUUCCAAGGGUCCGUCCGCCCCCUUGGACAGAUUGGGGGUGUGGGUCUCCAGAAACACACCCACCCCCCCCCUUAUUAGGGGAGGAGGGGCGAGGUAGCACAGUGUUGUACACGGAACCAGAAAG